UUGCAUAUCAGAACCUAAUCCUUUUCUCUGUCUAAACAGUCCGAGUCACUCGUCGUUUCUCUGUAUCCUCUUUCCAAAUCCUUUUCUCCAACCGUCACAUUCGCUACGACUCCGGAUAACUGCAACUCUCCUCUCAUUCUAUAAGUGUAUAGCCAAUCUAAAUUGCUUGGUUUGGUAAAUUGGGGUUUAGGGAUCCUUGAAGCUAUGCUGAGUAUGUUGUCAAGGCGUUGCUAUUGCACUUCUGUUCAUCGGCCAUGGCUGUUUUUGGGAUUGGGCAAUCCAGGGGACAAAUACAAAGGGACUAGACACAACAUUGGGUUCGAAAUGAUUGAUGUUUUUGCUGAGUCAGUGGGUAUUCAGAUGAACCUGGUAAAUUUCAAGGCUAUAAUGGGACAAGGUUUCGUGGAUGAUCUCCCUGUUAUCCUGGCAAAGCCGCAAACCUACAUGAACCUGAGCGGUGAAUCAAGUGGACCUCUCGCGGCUUAUUACAAGUUACCUCUCAAUCGUGUGCUUGUGGUGCAUGAUGACAUGCAAUUGCCAUGUGGUGUUCUUCGUCUUCAAGAAAAAGGAGGCCAUGGAUGUCACAAUGGGUUAAAAAGUGUAAUGAACCAUUUCCGAGGCAACAGGGAAUUUGCAAGGCUAAGAAUCGGAAUUGGAAAUCCUCCAGGACAAAUGGACCCAAAGGCAUUCUUAUUGCAGAAGUUUAGCGUGCCAGCUCGUGAACGAAUGGAUAAAGCUUUAGCCGAAGGGGUGGACGCUCUGAAGCUGGUCUUGUCUAAAGACUUUGGCGAAAGCUGGAGAUUGUUUAACGUUGAACAGAAGUACAAACACUUAAGACAACACACAAUAAUUGCAGCUUGACCAAAUGCUCUCUAGUCAUAUUCAUCAAAGAUGAGUUUGAUUACGGAAGUGCCUUUUAUGUGUUUUUGAAUACCCAUAGUAAAGUCAUGUAUAUAUAUUUCUCAUCUUGUGGCAGACCUGGAUUUACAUAUUUUUUUUUCAAAUAAUCUUUUUCUAGAUUUCAGAUUUUUGUAACCAUUCUCCAUGGCUGGCAUGCCUAAUAAGGCUGUCCAUUCCGGAUUACACGAAAUUAUCUGAAUUAAUUACA